AUGUUCCAAACAGAAAAACAAUCAUUAAAUCUUCGUUAUUCUUGGAACAAUAAAUUUUUAAAAAUAUUAUUCAUUAUUUUCGUAUUAUGGAUUUUUUAUAGCAGUUAUGCUGGAAAUCUAAAAUUUUCAUCAUUGUCGUCUUCAUCAUCUCAUCUUUCAACUCCCUCACAAGAAGAUAUAUUACCUAAUAAUCAAAAUACAUCACCUACUUUAACUCAACCACACUCGACACCUCCCCCAAUUCUCUCACCAGAAGAUAUUUCUAUAAAUUUGAAAUAUUGUGGUGAACCGGAAUGCAAAUUUAUGUUUGUUUAUACAGUAUUCGGAGAACAAGUAACUAGACUCAAUUUACAUUUCUCGUCGCUUGCAAAAUUAUCAAUAUUCUUAAAUAGAACAUUGGUAUUGACAAAUGUUGGACAUUCUGAAAUGAAUGCGUGUUCUGAUUUUCCGUUUGAGUUUUAUUAUGAUAUCGAACAACUAAAAAAAAAUAUGCCAGGUUUACAAGUUAUUACACAAAAAGAUUUUUAUAAUUGGAUUGGAGAACGUAGUUUUAAACCUAAUGUAACUCUUAGUUACAUGUCACAUAAAGAACCUAGAUUCACAUCAUCAAAACCUUCAACCCAAUUUUUUAAAAAUCCUGAAGAUGAACAAUGUUAUAAUUCAUUAAAUCUCAAACCAAUAGAUUACAAAGAGGUUUAUUGUGGAGCUAAUAUAAAAAGUGAAAUUUAUCAAAGAACCAUGAAAAGCUUUUUAAUGAAAGAAUUUAAUACAGAUGUUGAAAUUUUAUUAAUAAGGUAUGGUCUUGUUGGAGGUAGAUUCAUGCAAAAUGAUCCAGUUUUAGCUUAUGCAAAACAUAUAAUUGAAGCUAGCAGUAGAGUUGUUAAGAAAUUAAACCCUUUUAUUGCCAUACAUUGGAGAAUGGAAACAGCAGAUGAAAAAUUAGCUCCAAAAAUAACACAAUCUGAUAGUUGGCAUAAAAUCACAAAGAACCAUCAUUUGGCAAUACGUUAUUUAAAUUCUUUACUUUCAAUAAAGUCAUGGGUAUCAAUGAAAGCACUUGAUUAUUUAUCUGAUGACAAAAGGUUAGAUCAAAAAGCAGUGCAACAUGAAUUAAAAGGAGCAGGAGUACAAGGAAUUAUAGAUAAAUUGAUAUUAAUGAACGCAGAUUAUUUUGUUAGUGGUCCAAGUGAAUGUGCCAGAACAACUAGCAUCUACACAAAAAAAAUUAAAAACGAACGCAAGAAAAUGAUUCAUGAUCGAAAAACUAAUUUGAAAAAUAUUGCGUAUAUAUGGAACUCAACAAUUCCUAAAAUUUUGCCAAAUUCUUAA